CCGCACUAUCCGCUAACUAUUCGCAAUCGACCGACGUCUUGGAUGUUGGACUUGGGUUAUAAUGACUUGACUUCUGCUAAAUGAACCCGUGGACUAGUAUAAGUUUAUUGCAGUGGCGUAUUUAUUUGACGGGCGAGCCCCGACGGUUAAUCGAGGACUAGUCGAGUGAGAGUUUAGUGCGUGUGCUGCUGUGGCGGCGUGAUGGAGAAGUCGAGGUGGUCGGAGCAGCGCUCCGAACAGCGCUCCGAGCAGCGCAUGCAGCACUCGGAGCGGCACGAGCAAAGCGUGCAAUCCGUGCAGCAGGAGGAACGCGUGCAGCGCACCGAGCAUCACUAUACGCGCCAGAUGCUCAGCCAGCAACGAGUGGAGAGCGCUGGAGACCAAUUGGCCAUCACUUCAGGCAGACCCGGUGAACCCUCGCCGCCGAUAUUCGAGCAAAUCUUCAAAAAUGCAAGAUUUGCGCAAGGCGGUAAUGCAAAAUUCGAAGGAAAACUUAGGGGUAAUCCUACGCCAGUAGUUUCAUGGACGAGAAAGAAAGCACCAUUGGUAGAAUGUAACAAAUAUAGUAUGAGCUACAACGAACAGACAGGUGAUGUGUCGUUACUUAUCAAGCAGAUAGGGCCUGGCGACGAGGGCGAGUAUACUUGUACAGCGCGCAAUCAGUAUGGCGAAGCUAUCUGCUCCGUAUACAUCCAGCCCGAGGGCGUAGCUAUGCCCGCGCAGCAGGCCUCCCAGCAGCAGAGCUAUCGACACGUUAGUGAGAGCGUCGAGCACAAAUCCUACGGCACGCAAGGAUUCACAUCCGAGCAGUCCCGACAGACUCAGAAAGUGGCUUACACUAACGGCACUUCUGACUAUUCCUCUUCAGAAGAUUUCAAAGUAGAUACGUUCGAAUAUAGACUCUUGAGGGAAGUGUCAUUCAGAGAGACUAUCACCAAAAGAUACGUGGGCGAAAGUGAUAUUCAAAUGAACACCGAAAUCGAUAGAACAUUAGGGGCCGUUGCCCCUCCAAAGAUAGCCCAGAAGCCCAGAAACUCAAAACUCCAGGAAGGUGCCGACGCUCAGUUCAACGUACAGUUGUCGGGUAAUCCCAGGCCACGGGUAACGUGGUUCAGAAACGGGCAGAGGCUAGUUAACUCGAACAAACAUGAAAUCAUAACUACACAUAACCAAACCACACUUAGAGUUAAGAAUACGCAAAAGUCUGAUUCGGGCCACUACACAUUAUUGGCUGAAAACCCCAAUGGAUGCAUUGUAACAUCAGCUUACCUUGCUGUAGAAUCGCCACAAGAAACUUACGUGCAGGAUCACAAAUCACAAUAUAUUACGGAUACUCAGCAAACAGAGACUGAAGAAAGAGUAGAAAUAGUUGAGAAAGCUCUCGCUCCGCAAUUCGUAAAGGUCUGCCAAGAUCGAGAUGUAACAGAAGGAAAAUUGACGCGAUUCGAUUGCCGCGUCACGGGCAGACCUUACCCUGAAGUCACGUGGUUCAUUAACGAUAGACAAAUCCGAGACGAUUAUAAUCAUAAGAUAUUAGUAAACGAGUCAGGUAAUCAUGCGCUUAUGAUUACAAACGUCGAUCGAAGUGACAGCGGUGUAGUCACGUGUGUCGCCCGCAACAAGAGCGGCGAGACAUCCUUCCAGUGCCGACUGAACGUCAUCGAGAAGGAGCAAGUGGUAGCCCCCAAGUUCGUCGAGCGUUUCAGCACGCUAAGCGUUCGUGAAGGAGAACCUGUGGCGCUGAAUGCACGAGCAGUUGGCACACCUACACCGCGGAUCACAUGGCAGAAGGACGGCGUUCCGAUUAUACCCAAUCCAGAAUUACGAAUUAAUACCGAUGGUGGAACCUCGACACUGGACAUCCCUCGAGCCAAGGCGUCGGAUGCGGCAUGGUAUCAGUGUACCGCCCAGAACGUCGCAGGUUCCACCGCCACUCGGGCAAGGCUCUACGUGGAAGUUCCGAAGGAGCCUCCGCCCGAACAAAAGCGUCUGCACUUGCCGCGGCCAACAAGGAUAAUCGAACCAGAGCCUGCUCCUGGACCAGAGAUUAUUUACUUAAGGCACGUGGAAAGGGCACGACCUUACGUUCCUCCGGGUGAGGAAGACCGAGUUUAUCCUCCACCACAGUUUAUCGUGCCACUGAAGAGUGUAACACAGAUGGAAGGUGGCAAGGUUCACUUUGAAACGAGAAUAGAACCGGUCGGCGACCCAACGAUGAAGAUAGAAUGGUUGAGAAAUGGGCAAAGUAUCGAAGCUAGUUCAAGAUUCACGUCAAUAUUCAGGUUUGGAUACAUUUCUCUAGAUAUGCUCAGUCUUAACAUUCAAGAUAGUGGAGAAUACACAUGCCGAGCUGUCAGUGCAACCGGUAUGGCCGAAACUAAAGCAAUGUUGCAAGUUACACCUAGAGCAACCAUUGAAAGGACAAGCCAACACCCGGAAAGUCUUCAAUACAUUCAACAAUUAGAAGAUUACUCUAGAUAUCAGCACCAAGAGUCAGUUGAAGAAAAUAUUUCACAGAAGCCUCAAUUUAUCAGGCCUUUGCAAGAACUUGGCGAACUCCAAGAAGGCAGAAACGCUCACUUUGAAGCUCAAUUGACGCCGGUCAGCGACCCGCACAUGAGAGUGGAGUGGUACAAAGACGGUCGUCCGAUUACAGCCAGCUCGCGAAUCACGUCAAUCUUCAACUUCGGUUACGUCUCCCUUAACAUCAUGCACCUACGGGCUGAAGAUGCAGGUUCGUACACUGUGAGAGCUGUAAACAAACUGGGCGAAGCCGUCAGCACCGCUUCCAUCAAAGUAGCGGCAAGAAGCACGGUCACCUCAGAUCUCGGCAUACCGGAACAAAGGCGCUAUAUAGAAAAAACAGAACAAUUAGAAGCAUAUCAGCAACAGCAAAAUGUUAAAUAUUAUCAAGAAGUACCUGAAAGUACACAACGACCAGAAUUCAAAACACCUAUUAAAGAUCAGCUGAACGUUAAAGAAGGUGGAUUUGCCCACUUUGAGGCUCGUCUCGAGCCGGUGGGGGACUCUACCUUGAGGGUAGAAUGGUUAAAGGACGGACGUCCUGUGGAAGCUAGUUCAAGAAUAACAACAUUCUUCAACUUUGGAUAUGUAGCACUGACAAUUAAGUCAGUGACUGUACAUGAUGUUGGUCAUUACACCUGCCGAGCCUACAAUGCUCUCGGACAGGCAACUACUAGUGCCCACUGCACUAUUGUAACCAAGAAAGAUAUCAUUGCGGAAUCGCAACACCCAGGAGGUCUCGAGAAGAUUCAACAUCUAGAGGAUACAAGCAGAUACACGAAGCGAUCUGAAGAAGAAGUGAAAGUAGCUCCAAAACCUCGCUUUCUCGGACCUUUGAAAGGCACAAAUAAAAUUGUAGAAGGUCAAAGUGCCCAUUUCGAAGCGAGAGUAGAGCCUCAGAGUGACUUGACUAUGUCUGUGGAAUGGUAUUUCAAUGGAAAGCAAAUCAAACAAGCUAACCGUACUCAGACUUAUCAUGAUUUCGGAUACGUUGCUUUAGAUAUAUCCAGCGUUCGAGCCGAAGAUUCCGGAACGUACACUGUUGUAGCUCGCAACGCUGCUGGAGAAGCUCAGUUGAGCACUUCAAUGGUAGUAGAAACACGGUCCAGUAUUGAUACAUCAAGUAUUCAUCGUGGCCUAUAUGAGAAAACACGCCACCUUGAAGAGUCCAAAUUUGUGGAACCAAUGUAUCAAAUUGAAGAAAUUUCAAAGUCGAAACCCAUUUUCGUACAGCCGCUAUCAGACCCAGCGCCUGUAUCAGAAGGUAAAAAUAUCCAUCUCGAAUGCAGAUUAGAACCUAUGGGUGAUCCUACAAUGAGAGUUGAAUGGUUCCACAAUGGAAGGGCUGUGACCGUCGGUUCCAGAUUUAAGACUUAUUAUGACUUUGGUUUUGUGGCACUAGACAUUAUUCACGCUACAUCUACUGACACCGGUGAAUAUACAGUAAGGGCAGUCAACCACUUAGGUUCAGCUCACACCUCAGCGAUGGUACGGGUCAUCGAAAGAUCAGAUAUUCUGACUGAGACUCAGAACGAGCAAGCUGUCGAACAAAUUCAAAUGCUCGAGGAUGCUGCUCGCAGAAGUAGGCAAGUUCAAGAGGACAUAACAGUAAUGCAGGCACCACAAUUUUCAAGAUCCCUACAUAACGUUGAAACUAUUGAGGGAACAAACGUACAUCUGGAAUGUCGAUUGCAACCAGUUGGCGACCCGACCAUGAGAGUGGAUUGGUUCUGCAAUGGCAGACCGAUUAAAACUGGCCACAGAUUUAGACCAGCUUAUGAAUUCGAUUAUGUAGCUCUUGAUCUGUUAAGCGUGUAUCCUGAAGAUUCCGGAGUUUACACUUGUCAGGCAACAAACCAACUCGGUGAAGCUGUUACUUCUUGUGCGCUACGCGUUAUCGCAAAGAAGGACCUUAUUUUUGAGUCACAACAUCCAUCGGGCCUCGAGAAGAUUCAGUACCUCGAAGAUGCUUCUCGUUAUAAGAAGUCCGAAAUGAUUGACGAGACUAUUAAUAUCAAACCACAGUUUGUGACUAAGCCCAAAUCAAUAGAAAAUGUCGUAGAAGGGCAUCACGUCCACUUCGAGUGUAAAUUGGAACCAGUAACUGAUUCUAAUCUGAAAGUGGAAUGGUUUAAGAAUGGUCAACCCGUGACUAUUGGACACCGAUUCAGACCAAUUCACGACUUUGGUUAUGUAGCCUUAGAUAUCAUUGACUUAAUUGCAGAAGACUCCGGAGUAUACACGUGCAGAGCAGUUAAUCAUGUCGGAACUGACGAAGUCAGCUGUAGGCUCUCUUGUCGUGGAACAGCAGACAUUGUUAGGGGCACACAAAAUGAAGCCGGUCUGGAACAGAUUCAGCAUCUAGAAGACCGAACUAAAUAUCAAAGAUCAGACAUGGUCGAUGAAAUUACAACCCAGGCACCUAUUUUCACAACAUCGCUGAAGAAUAUUGAAAUCAAGGAAGGUCAGCGUGCGCAUUUCGAGUGUAGAUUGAUUCCAGUUUCUGAUGCCACUAUGAAAGUUGAAUGGUACCAUAACAACCGGCCUCUUAAGAGUGGUUCCAGGUUCACGGAGACCAACAACUUCGGAUUUGUUGCUCUCGACAUCAUGUCUUGUUUACCAGAGGACUCUGGAACUUACACUUGCAGAGCUAUCAAUGCACUGGGUGAAGCCGUUACCUCUGGAAUUGCUAUUGUACAUUCCAAGAAAUCAAUUUAUUUGGAGUCGCAGCAUGAAGGAGCUCUGGGUAGGCUCAACCAGCUAGAAGAUACCUCAAGAUACCAGAGGCACAGUGCCCAAGAUGAAUUUAUAACUCAGGCUCCGGUAUUUACAAUGCCCAUGAAAGAUAUUAAGGUAGCCGAAAACCAGGCCGCACACUUUGAAGCUAGACUUAUUCCGGUAGGUGACCCGAAACUUCGAGUUGAAUGGUUGCGCAAUGGGGUCCCUAUCGAAGCUUCUAACCGCUUGACGACAAUGCAUGACUUCGGGUACGUCGCUCUUAAUAUGAAAUACGUUAACCCUGAGGACUCUGGAACUUACACUUGCCGGGCUAUAAAUGAGCAGGGUGAGGCUGUAACAUCCUCGACCUUGUUCGUACAAUCCAAAGCAUCACUCCAAUUUGAAUCACAACACGAAAGUGCCUUAGAAAAGAUUCAACAACUGGAAGGCGCAACCCGUUACCAGCGCAGAGAGGAAGUUGAUAUUGCUAUCAACCAGGCGCCUAGAUUUGUUACUCAACUUAAUGGACCUUCAAAACUAGUUGAGGGCCAAAGCGCUCAUUAUGAGUGCAGGAUCGAGCCAUACCCAGACCCGAACAUGCGUGUAGAAUGGUACUUCAACGGCAAGGUCCUUCAGAGUGGUCAUCGCUACCGCACUUCGUAUGAUUUUGGUUUCGCAGCUCUUGACAUCCUUCAAGUAUACGGUGAAGAUUCUGGCGAGUACACAUGCAAAGUCAUCAAUAACUUGGGCCAAGCUACUUCUUCAAUCAAGUUAAGCGUUCAAUCUAAGGAAUCUAUAAUCAGAGACACACAACACGAAAGCGCACUGGAGAAGAUACAAUACCUCGAGGACGAGAGCAGAAAUAAGCGCGUCGUCCGCGAUGAGAGCUUUGUGGCAGAGAAGCCUCAGUUUGGCAAACCACUCAAAAAUACUCAUGUGGCCGAGGGCCACCCAGUCCACCUGGAAGCAACACUUACACCAGUCAACGAUCCAACCAUGCGUGUAGAGUGGUAUUGCAACGGCAGGCCGGUCGCACAGGGCCACAGAUUCAAGACUACGUACGACUUUGGUUAUGUCGCACUUGAUGUUCUUUAUGCUUAUUCCGAAGACACCGGCACUUAUAUGUGCAAGGCUACAAAUGCCGUCGGUGAAGCAGUUACUACGAGCUCGGUAAAAGUUGAUGCUAAAGCUGGUCUUUACCUCGAUACCUUGGAUGAGCAAAGGUUGAAAAAAAUACAGGAACUUGAACGAUUUGAGAGACCGAAAGCGGUUGAAGAGGAAAAACCUGGUCAACGACCGGUCUUCCUUACAGCUCUAACUAGUCUUGAAAAUUUGAAAGAAGGAGAUAGGGCUCACUUUGAAUGCAGAGUUGAGCCAAUUAACGACCCCGAUUUGAAAAUCGAGUGGUUCCUUAACGGUAAAAAGAUUAGAGCUGGUCACAGAUAUAGAACGACUCAUGACUUUGGUUAUGUCGCUUUAGAUAUUCUUUACACUUAUUCUGAAGACUCUGGCACUUACAUGUGCAAAGCUACCAACAAGCUGGGUGAAGCGGUUAACACUUGUACUAUGAAGGUUGCAGGUCUCAGAGGUAUCAUCCUGGACACUCAACAUCCCAAUGGCCUUGAGAAGAUCAGACAAUUAGAGGCACAAGGUCAUCACACCAGGAUGGAAAUCGAAGAGCCCACGAUCAGUAUACCUAGGUUCGUCACUGAGCUUAGAGGAACAACUCACGUAUAUGAAGGCCAGACUGCGCAUUUCGAAUGCCAGGUUGAGCCUAUUCAUGAUCCCAACUUGCGUAUUGAAUUUUAUCACAAUGGUAAAGCCCUGCAAUCUGCCUCACGGUUCCAUAUCACUUUUGAUUUUGGUUAUGUGUCUUUGGAUAUCCAGCACUGUGUGCCAGAAGACGCAGGUGAAUAUUCUGUAAAAGCAAUUAACGCUCUCGGACAGUGUACGUCCGCCAUAUCCAUGACAGUAACCGCAAAAGGCAGUAUUAUAAUGGAAUCACAACGUCCCGAGGGUCUCGAAAAGAUCCGGGAACUAGAAUCUGUGGAGCCGUUUAAGCGGCCUGAAAUUCCAGAACCGGUCACAAGGCAAAGACCCGUAUUUACUCAGCCACUUCAGAACAUUGAUAACAUACAAGAAGGACAAACAGCGCACUUCGACUGCCGCCUUAUCCCAGUCGGGGACCCGACUCUUAAGGUGGAAUGGUUCAGAAACGAGAAGCUAAUCGAAGAUAGUUCCAGGAUUACUAAGACCCACGAUUUUGGUUACGUAUCAAUGACUAUUACUCAUGUGCGUGACGAAGACGAGGGCGUGUACAUGUGCAGAGCCUCAAACCUAUUAGGAGAGGCAGUUACAACUGCUGCCAUGAAAAUUAAGACUAAGGCAGCCAUCCAAAUGGAAACUCAACAUCCCGAGGGUAUGAAGAAGAUUCAACGUCUUGAAGAGCCUUCACAGAGAAGACCUGAUGAACCUGAGAGAGAGUUUGAAAAGCCCAUCUUUACUCAAGUUCUCACAGGGCCUUCGGAGUUGUGGGAAGGACAGCAUGCUCACUAUGAAGCGCGCGUGGUGCCAGUAGGCGAUCCUAGCCUUCGAUUUGAGUGGUACAUCAAUGGUGUUGAACUUAAAAUGGGAUCAAGAUUCCGUACAACGCAUGACUUUGGUUUUGUAACUCUGGACAUCAAUUCCGUUGUCGCGGCAGACGCUGGUUUAUACAUGUGCAAAGCUAUCAAUAGAGCGGGUAGCACAGUGUCUUCGACGUCCCUAAAAGUUAAAACAAAGUCUACUAUUGUUGACCAAGCAAUGCGCCCAGAAUCUUGGGAACAGAUUCAACUUAAAGAGGCUGCAAUGAAUAAGGUUCCUGAAAUGUUUAUUGACUCCGGUGUUCAACAAGCGCCGAUCUUCACUACUCACUUAAAGAGUUACGACAAACUCGUUGAAGGUCAACAUGUGUUCCUCGAAGCUCAGGUCGAACCGCGCACCGACCCGAACUUAAGGAUAGAAUGGUUUAAAAAUGGAAUGUCAUUAACAACAGGAUCGAGAAUCAAGAGCACCUUUGACUUUGGCCUAGUGACACUGUCCAUUAAUGGCGUUAGAAUCGACGAUUCAGGUAUUUAUACAUGCAAAGCAACAAAUCUAAUGGGCGAGGCUGUUUCUACUGCGUCAAUUAAAAUUGAAGACCGUCAUUGGCUCCUUGGAGAAUCCCUUCAUCCUGAAUCAUUGGAUAGGAUUGGGGCCUUGGAGCAACCUAAAGCUGCCAAACCAGAAUCACCUGAGCCAACUUACGAGAUCCCAGUGUUUAUCUCGCAUUUAAAUAAUAUCGUUUGCAAAGAAGGUGAUAACAUUCACUUCGAAUGCAAUGUCGAGCCAUCUAGAGAUCCUACACUGAAGAUUGAAUGGUUCUUCAACAAUGAACCACUUCCUUCAGGUACCAGAAACAAGGCAACACAUGAUUUCAGUUAUGUGUCAUUAGACAUCACACACACGUACGAAGAAGAUUCUGGAAUCUACACUUGCAAGGCUACCAAUAGCAAGGGUUCGGCUACUACAUCUGGUUCUUUGAGGUGUACUGGAGAUAAACAUAUUUACCUUGAUACACAACAUCCUCAGGGCAAAUCUGGUUUGGAAGCCGUAGAACAGGCCGAAGAGGCCAGAGUAGCAAAGGGUAGACGAUCCUCCGUACCUGACGCAGACUAUCCUAAGCCCGAGUGGGUCGUCCCUGUGGCUGCUGAGCAUCAAUUAGUCGAGGGUCAAUCACUUCACCUUGAGGGUCAAGUUGAACCGAAGAAUGACCCUAAUCUGAAAAUUGAAUGGUAUUUCAAUGGGAAAGUAUUACAACAGGCCUCGCGGUUCAAACUAACUAGUGAUUUCGGAUUUGUGACAUUAGAUUUAAUUGAUGUAUAUGAAAGAGACAGUGGUAUUUACACAUGUAAGGCUUUCAACAAAAACGGUGAAGCAUUUACCUCAUCGACCGUUUUCUGUACCAGCAAGGCUAACCUCAUUGAAGGAACACAACAUCCAAAGGGUACUGAAGGACUUGAAAAGAUUCAAAACCUUGAGGACUCUCUUCGAAGAGAACCCGGUCAGAAACCUGAUGACGAUAGUGGAAGGGCUCCUGAAUUCACAACGGUAUUCCAAGAUAUAUUAGAUAUUAGUGAGGGACAGAUAGCCCAUUAUGAAGCUUCGCUGAUACCGACUGGUGACCAAACGAUGGUCAUCGAAUGGUUCUACAAUGGAAAAACAAUUGAAGCGAGUCAUCGUAUAAGAACCGUAUACGCCUUUGGUAUGUGUGUUCUUGAAAUUUUAGGCACCAAGACUACUGACUCUGGCACAUACUCUUGCCGUGCUACUAACAAGUGGGGACAAGCUGAAAUCAGUGUUAAACUGGAGUGCGUAGAUAAGAGCAAGGGACAAAAACCGAGAUUCACUACACACAUUCAAAAUGUCGAGGGCUUGAAAGACGGGCAAUCGGCUCAUUUUGAAUGUACGGUGAUACCUGUCGACGAUCCCGACAUGAAGAUUGAAUGGUAUCACAAUGGUCAGCUUUUGCGUCAUUCUACAAGGAUCAAGACAGUUUCUGAUUUCGGUUUUGUCGUGAUGGACAUAGCGUACACGCAGAACCACGAUGCUGGAGAAUACGUUUGCCGUGCUUACAACAAAUAUGGCGAGGACUUCACCAAAGCUACAAUUAGUUGCUACAGUAGAAGUGGAGUUUACUUGGAGAGCUUGCAGCCUGAUUCGCUAGCUAAAAUCAGAGAAUUGGAAAAUUUACACGGCGCACAGCAACAAACGCCAUCCACUCCGUCUGCAGAGCCACCGAAGUUCCUCACACAAAUUCAGGAUGUAACUAAACUAGUAGAGGGCCAGAGUGCUCACUUCGAAGCGCGAUUGGUACCUGUUGAUGACCCAGACCUUAAAGUCGAAUGGUUUUAUAACGGCAAGAAACUUCCCCAUGGACAUAGGUAUAGAACAUUCCAUGACUUUGGCAUCGUUAUAUUGGAUAUAUUAUACUGCUACGAAGAAAAUUCUGGUGUGUACGAGUGUGUUGCGACCAACAAAUUGGGCCGUGAUUCAACUAAGGCUACACUCAAAUGCACAUCAAAAGAGAACUUGAUCUUGGACUCGCAACUCCCGCGGGGCAUGGAAGGUGGCUUAGAAAAGUUACAAACGUUGGAAGACUCGAUGAUACGAAGGAAAGAUACCGAUGUUCAGGAGGAAAGAGGAAAGGCUCCAGUAUUUACUGUACCUCUAUCUAAUAUCGAAAACCUGCGAGAGGGAGAAAACGCUCACUUUGAGGCUCGUCUUACGCCAACUGAUGAUCCUAACCUUAAAGUCGAGUGGUACUGGAACGGUAAAUCACUAAAGGCUGGAUCGAGAUUCAGGACGUUCUGUGAUUUCGGAUUUGUUAUUCUAGAAAUCUCGCCCACUUAUCCAGAAGACUCUGGUGAAUAUUUAUGCCGAGCUUACAACAACUUUGGCGAAGCUGUAACUACGGCUACUAUGAAGGUGCAAGGCAAGCGUAAUAUCAUCCUUGAAUCGCAAUUGCCUAAAGGCAUGGAAGGCACUAUUGAUAAGAUAGCAGUGCUCGAAGGAUACACUGGCACAGUAGACUCGAUGUCACCUGAGGUGGAGAGCGGAAACCCGCCAGAAUUCAUAACCACUCCUUCUGAUCUCAUUUUGACUGAGAAUUCUUCAGCUCACUUUGAAUGUCGCUUGGUACCAAUUAAUGAUUCUAGCAUGAGAGUGGAAUGGUUCCACAACGGAAAACCGUUGUUGACUGGUUCUAGAGUAAAGACGAUCAAUGACUUCGGUUUCGUCAUUCUGGAAGUUGGCGGAGUUUAUCAGAGAGAUGCAGGUUUAUAUACUUGCAAGGCUACAAACCGUCACGGUGAGGCGACCGUUUCAUGUAAACUGCAAGUCAAAGGUAGACAAGGAAUUGUUCUUGAACCUCAACUGCCAUCUCACUUUAAAUCAGGAACUGAGAGUAUUCAAAGGCUUGAAGAAACUUUGCACAAGCGUGAGGAGAUUAUGUCCGAAGAUGAAAAACCUAACCCACCGAGAUUCACUGUGGAAAUCAAGGAUAACGUCGAUGUUCCUGAGGGUGGACCCAUCCACUUCGACUGCCGCGUAGAACCCGUCGGGGACCCAACAAUGAGAAUUGACUGGUUCCACAACGGCAGGCCGUUUGCAACUGGCUCUCGCGUGCAUAUGCUGAAUGAUUUUGGUUUUAUUGCUCUAGAUAUCGAUUAUAUCUACGCACGUGAUUCUGGUGAAUAUACCUGCCGUGCCACUAACAGGUGGGGCUCUGCCACCACUACGGCAAGAAUUACAUGCAGCGCCAAACGCGAUAUUGUUUUAGAGUCGCAGUUACCACAAGGCAUGAGUGGCGAGAAAAUCAAAGAGCUCGAGAAAGGUCGCGUGAGCGAUGUUCCCAAAGACGAGCCUGUGAUCAGCUCUCCACCUAAAUUCAUUACUCAGAUCCAAAGUCAUACCGUCGAAGAAUCAGAAGGCGUGCGAUUUGAAUGCCGCGUAGAGCCCAAAGAAGAUCCAAAACUAAGGAUUGAAUGGUAUCGCAAUGGUAAACUGUUACCUAGCGGCCAUAGAUACCGCACCGUGUAUGACAUGGGAUUUGUGUCGCUUGACAUUUUAUAUGUUUAUGCUGAAGAUUCUGGAGAGUACAUGUGCAGAGCUGUUAAUGAUUUCGGCGAAGACUUCACAAAGGGCACCGUUUCAUGCAAACAGCUGCCAGAUAUAAUUCUCCAGAACCAAGUACCUCGAGGAAUGAAGAAAUCUGAAGCAUUGACUCAAAUGGAGGCUACAAUCAAGAAGUAUACGUCUGAAAUAUUCUUAACUGAAGAUGACUUGUACGACGCUGAUAAGAAACAGCCUCCGCGAUUUGUGACACAGAUUCAAAGCCAAACUUCUCUAGUUGAAAUGGAGAAAACCAAAUUCGAAUGCCAACUGGCCCCUGUUGGAGAUCCUAAUAUGAAAGUAGAAUGGUUCUUUAAUGGCAAACCGCUACUUCAUAAGAAUCGCUUUGAACCUAUUUACGACUUCGGUUAUGUUGCAAUGAAUUUUGGAUGGGUGUAUCCCGAGGACAGCGGUGAAUACGUCUGUCGGGCCACCAAUCUCUACGGCAUGGAUGAAACCCGGGCUAUAAUCAAGACCGCUGGCAAACCUGGCAUAGUUUACGACUCACAGCUACCAAAGCACAUGAAGAGUAUUGAGAAAAUCAGAGAGAUGGAAGCGUCGUGGCAAGUAGCUCCCGAGCAAGCAGUUGAAAUGGAGAAAGCCCGCUCUCCGCCAGUGUUUGUCAGUCGUCCGGACCCGGUAACAGUUGAGGAAGGCGAGUGGGCAAGAUUCUGCUGCCGUGUUACGGGACACCCGAAACCAAGGGUUAUGUGGCUUCUUAACGGAAACACCAUCGUUAACGGAUCAAGAUACAAGCUGACUUAUGAUGGAAUGUAUCACUUCGAUAUUCCAAAGACGCGUCAGUACGACACAGGAAAAAUUGAAGUGGUUGCUAGAAGCUCAGCCGGCGAAGCGGUUGCAACAAGUGAACUUAAGGUUAUUCCGAGACAUGAUGACUACAGAGGUGUUUUGAAAAACGCUCCCCGACCUUGGUAUGAUGAAACGACACAAUAUCAACGUACUGAAACUGAAUUGGAGAAAACUUUCGAAGAGAGACAUACACAGCAACGCCAGGGCACCAUUGACCAUAGACCCGAAUUGAAGCCGAAAUUGCACAAAGAACCCGAAACUGAGUGGCAACAAUCCGUAAAGAAGAAGAAGAGUGAGGAAUACUACAACAAACUCCAAGAGUUAGAGAAUGAACAAGUUGUAAAGGAAAGCAGGCUGAGAGAAUCGACACACCAGUACGCUAUCCCCGGCGAGAAGGUUGUGAAUGCUUCUGUUGCUAAGGGAAUGGCACAGAAAUACCAAGAUACUUUGGAGCAGUCUGAACAAGUAGUUGAACAGAAACAAGUAACGCAAAAGAAAGUUGUUCAAAAGCCGAGAAUUCCGGAUCCAUCCGAGUCAACUGUUCACGGCAAGGAAGUGCACGUAGCCAAACAGAAACAGGUACAGAAAGAGGUUGUCGGUGACACAGAAAUCACCCGUAAAAUAACAUCCACUGAGACGACUGAGGUUGAACACAAGGCCCAAACUCAAGAAAGAGUAGUAGAAGGUCCAGUCAAGCCUAGCAAUCCACCAGUUUUCACCAAGAAGAUGCAACCCUGCAGAGUAUUUGAACAGGAACAGGCUAGGUUUGAAGUCGAGUUUGACGGCGAUCCACUUCCUACCAUUAAAUGGUACAGAGAGAACUUCCCGAUCAAGAAUUCGGCAGAUUUUCAGAUUCAUACUUUCAGCACCAAGUCUAUUCUUAUCAUACGACGAGUUUUCAUUGAAGAUUCGGCCGUAUUUGCUGCUGUUGCUGAAAACAAAGGCGGAACAGCUAAAUGCAGUGCAAAUCUUGUAGUUGAGGAACGUAGGAGGCAAGGCCGAGGUGGCAUCAGCCCACCAAGUUUCACAUUGACGGCACAAAACGUUAAUGUGACUUCUGGUCAGCUAGUGAGAUUCGACACCAAGGUGACGGGAACUAAACCUAUUGAUGUUUACUGGUUGAAAAAUGGACAAAAAGUUCAACCCGAUAUAAGAAACAAAAUUUUGGAAGAAGACGGAACCUACACCCUUUUGAUUCUUGAGGCGUAUCCUCAAGAUUCUGGAAAAUACGAAUGCGUAGCUAUUAACUCUGCUGGAGAAGCUAGAUGCGACGCGGAAUGCUACGUCAACGCUCCUGCCACGAAAGAAAAACCUAAACCUCAAACUAAAGCCGCAAAUGCACCUCCGGAAGUGAUUGAGCCGCUGAAAGACAAAGUUGUUACUGAGGGUCAUGCUAUCGAAUUUAGCUGCAAAAUUAUUGGAAAGCCGACACCUACAGUUCAAUGGUACAAGGGAGAUAAGUUAAUUAAACCAUCUAAGUACUUCCAAAUGUCUAGGGCAGCGGAUGAGUACACACUACGCAUAUCAGAGGCUUUCCCUGAAGAUGAAGGGGAUUAUAAGUGUGUGGCCUUUAAUUCUGGAGGCCGAAUAACUGCCGCUGCAAAACUGAAAGUUUCCCAGCCAGAUCAAGCUGACGCCUUGCCCACGCUGACACCUUUACGUGACGUCACUGUCAAUGAGGGACAGCCGGCGCAGUUCAAGACUGUCAUUACAAGCAAGGUCAAACCAACUAUACAAUGGCUACGUGAAGGCGCUAAAAUUCCGGAAACUCCCGAUUUUCAGAUGAUCCACGAGGGCAACAACGCUGUGCUGCUCAUCGGAAACACGUACGAGGAGGACACCGGAAUCUUUACUUGCCGGGCGAUCACCUCCGCAGGCCAGGUCGAGACCUCGGCAAAACUAGUCGUCAAAAAAUCCCGAACAGUUAUUUCACGAAAAACGUUCAAAGAAAAAACUGGUUUUAAUCAAUCUACGGCUGAUCAAAAAACAACGACCAGCAAAGGAUUAUAUCAGUCAACAGAAGAAUCCAAUAUUUUACGACUUGAAAACGUACAAGAUGUUGAAACUAAAACUACCACGGUUCCCUGGCGCACCAAGAGAGUGACUGAAGAAUUGAAAAAAGAAGAAACUUUGGAAACUGUAAAUUGGCGUAAACUAAAGCCGCAGGUACAGGAACAACAAACUUCUAUGCAGCAGGUGACAUUUACCGAAGAUGCAAAUAUAUUGACUGUUGAUAACAAAGAACUUAUUGACAAAACGAAGUUAAUCGAAACAAGACACUGGAGAAAACCUAGACAGGAUAUACAGCAAAUCGAAAGUACAACGACAUCUGAAGAUAGUAAUAUACUAGCAGUUGACAAAACAAUGGUCACAAGCGAAACCGUAAAAGAAGAACAGCUUGAGACUAAACAUUGGCGUAGACCAAGAUCUGAACCCAAAGAAGAUGCAAGUGUACCAGAAGCAGAACCACAAGAGCCAACCAAGCGACGGUCAUCAGCUUUCCAAGAGCAAAAACCUGAAACUGUACCGUGGACUCAAGAGAGCAUCAAAUUACGUAAAACUAAAAUAGAUAAGAAAGAAAUAGAAAGAGAGAAAAUAGAAGACGUCACAUUAAAACAAGUUCGAAAAACGUCUACACAAGACACUAUAGAUCGAACAGUCAUCGAAGAUUCAAAACCGGAACAUUGGAGAAAAUCUCUAACACAGGCGGUUCCUAAGCAUGUUGAAGAUUAUACUUCAUCUGAGGAUGCUAACAUACUAGUAAUUGAUAAAACAAUUGAAACCGCCGAAAGCGUAAAACAGGAUUCACUUGAGACAAAACAUUGGCGCAAGCCUCGUUCUGAACCUAAGCAAGAGGCAGAUGUACCCGAAGAACAAACACAAGAACCAAUAAGACGAAGAUCAUCAGCAUUCCAGGAGCAAAAACCAGAGGCUGUGCCGUGGACUCAAGAAAGCAUAAAAUUGCGCCCUACUCAAGUUGAAAAGAGAGAAAUAGCAAAAGAAAAGAUUGAAGAUGUAUCAUUAAAACAAGUGAAAAAACCUUCGGUGGCAACCUUAUUCGAACAAGAUGAGAAGAACACCGUUGGUAGAAUAAUCACCGAAGACACAGAAAUUCUGCACGUUGAUAAAUCAGAAGUCGUUCACCAAGAGGAUAUUGAGUAUAGACAAAAAUCUCGCACAAAGGAAGUAAGCAAACGGAAGCCAAAAGAAGAACAGCCGGCUGAAGAAGUUGUACUUAAACCGGUCCCUAAACAAAAACCUCUAGAGGAAGAGAAGAAACCAGAAGAAGUGCAACUUAAGCCAAUUAAAAAAGACAAACCUCUUGAAGAGGCACAGCCAGAGGAGGUAUCAUGGCGAGGCAAACGGAAGCCAAAAGAAGAACAGCUGGCUGAAGAAGUUGCACUUAAACCGAUACCUAAACAUAAGCCGGUAGAGGAAGAGACAAAACCGGAAGAAGUGCAACUUAAACCAGUGAAAAGAGACAAGCCAAAACCCGUUGAAGAAAUUCAGCCGGAAGAAGUUUCAUGGCCUACCGGUAAAAGGCGACCUAAAAAAGAACAGCCUGUGGAAGAGGUUCAACUCAAACCAGUGCCUAAACAAAAGGAUGUCGAAGAAGAAAAACCGGAAGAAGUGCAACUCAAGCCAAUCAAAAAAGACAAACCUGUUGAAGAGGCACAGCUAGAGGAGAUAUCAUGGCGAGGCAAACGGAAGCCGAAAGAAGAACAGCCGUCUGAAGAAGUUGUGCUUAAACCGGUACCUAAACAGAAGCCUGAAGAGGAAGAGACAAAACCAGCAGAAGUGCAACUUAAGCCAAUUAAAAAAGACAAACCUGUUGAAGAGGCACAGCCAGAGGAGGUAUCAUGGCGAGGCAAACGGAAGCCGAAAGAAGAACAGCCGGCUGAAGAAGUUGUACUUAAACCGGUCCCUAAACAAAAACCUCUAAAGGAAGAGAAGAAACCAGAAGAAGUGCAACUUAAGCCAAUUAAAAAAGACAAACCUGUUGAAGAGACACAGCCAGAGGAGGUAUCAUGGCGAGGCAAACGGAAGCCAAAAGAAGAACAGCCGGCUGAAGAAGUAGCACUUAAACCGAUACCUAAACAGAAGCCUUUAGAGGAAGAGACAAAACCGGAAGAAGUGCAACUUAAACCAGUGAAAAAAGACAAGCCAAAACCCGUUGAAGAAAUUCAGCCGGAAGAAGUUUCAUGGCCUACCGGUAAAAGGCGACCUAAAAAAGAACAGCCUGUGGAAGAGGUCCAACUCAAACCAGUUCCUAAACAAAAGGAUGUCGAAGAAGAAAAACCUGAAGAAGUGCAACUCAAGCCAAUCAAAAAAGACAAACCUGUUGAAGAGGCACAGCCAGACGAGAUAUCAUGGCGAGGCAAACGGAAGCCGAAAGAAGAACAGCCGGCUGAAGAAGUUGUGCUUAAACCGAUACCUAAACAGAAGCCUGUAGAGGAAGAGAUAAAACCGGAAGAAGUGCAUCUUAAACCAGUAAAAAAAGACAAACCUGUUGAAGAGGCACAGCCGGAGGAGGUAUCAUGGCGAGGCAAACGGAAGCCAAAAGAAGAACAGCCGGCUGAAGAAGUUGUGCUGAAACCGAUACCUAAACAGAAGCCUGUAGAGGAAGAGAUAAAACCGGAAGAAGUGCAACUUAAACAAGUAAAAAAAGACAAGCCAAAACCCGUUGAAGAAAUUCAGCCAGAAGAAGUUUCUUGGCCUACCGGUAAAAGGCGCCCUAAAGAAGAACAGCCUGUGGAAGAGGUUCAACUCAAACCAGUGCCUAAACAAAAAGAUCCUGUAGAGGAAGAGAAAAAACAAGAAGAAGUGCAACUUAAACCAAUUAAAAAAGAAAAACCUGUUGAAGAGGCACAGCCAGAGGAGGUAUCAUGGCGAGGCAAACGGAAGCCAAAAGAAGAACAGCCGGCUGAAGAAGUUGUGCUUAAACCGAUACCUAAACAGAAGCCUGUAGAGGAAGAGAUAAAACCGGAAGAAGUGCAACUUAAACAAAUAAAAAAAGAUAAGCCAAAAGCCGUUGAAGAAAUUCAGCCAGAAGAAGUUUCUUGGCCUACCGGUAAGAGGCGACCUAAGGAAGAACAGCCUGUGGAAGAGGUUCAACUCAAACCAGUGCCUAAACAAAAGGAUGUCGAAGAAGAAAAAACAGAAACAGUGCAACUUAAGCCAAGCAAAAAAGAGAAACCUGUUGAAGAGACACAACCAGAGGAGGUAUCAUGGCGAGGCAAACGGAAGCCGAAAGAAGAACAGCCAGCUGAAGAAGUUGUACUUAAACCGGUACCUAAACAGAAGCCUGUAGAGGAAGAGAUAAAACCGGAAGAAGUGCAACUUAAACCAGUGAAAAAAGACAAGCCAAAACCCGUUGAAGAAAUUCAGCCGCAAGAAAUUUCUUGGCCUACUGGUAAAAGGCGACCUAAGGAAGAACAGCCUGUGGAAGAGGUUCAACUCAAACCAGUGCCUAAACAAAAGGAUGUCGAAGAAGAAAAACCGGACGAAGUGCAACUUAAGCCAAUCAAAAAAGACAAACCUGUUGAAGAGGCACAGCCGGAGGAAAUAUCAUGGCGAGGCAAGCGAAAGCCGAAAGAAGAACAGCCGGCGGAAGAAGUUGUACUUAAACCGAUACCUAAACAGAAGCCUGUAGAGGAAGAGAAGAAACCAGAAGAAGUGCAACUUAAGCCAAUCAAAAAAGAAAAACCAAUUGAAGAGACACAACCAGAGGAGGUAUCAUGGCGAGGCAAACGGAAGCCGAAAGAAGUACAGCCGGCAGAAGAAGUUAUCCUUAAACCGGUACCUAAACAAAAACCUUUAGAAGAAGAGAAACCGGAAGAUGUACAACUCAAACCUAUUAAGAAGCAAAAGCCCAAGUCUGUCGAAGAAGAACAGCCUGAGGAUGUUUCUUGGCCUACCGGCAAGAGACGUCCUAAAGAAGAACAACCAGCGGAAGAGGUCGUAUUAAAGCCAGUGCCUAAGCAGAAGCCUAUAGAAGAAGAGAAAUCGGAAGAAGUACAACUCAAGCCUAUUAAGAAGCAAAAGCCCAAAUCUGUCGAAGAAGCACAGCCUGAGGAUGUUUCUUGGCCUACCGGCAAGAGACGUCCUAAAGAAGAACAGCCAGCGGAAGAGGUCGUCCUAAAGCCAGUGCCUAAACAGAAGCCUGUAGAAGAAGAGAAACCGGAAGAAGUACAACUCAAGCCUAUUAAGAAGCAAAAGCCCAAGUCUGUCGAAGAAGCACAGCCUGAGGAUGUUUCUUGGCCUACCGGCAAGAGACGUCCUAAAGAAGAACAACCAGCGGAAGAGGUCGUCCUAAAGCCAGUGCCUAAACAGAAGCCUGUAGAAGAAGAGAAACCGGAAGAAGUACAACUCAAGCCUAUUAAGAAGCAAAAGCCCAAGUCUGUCGAAGAAGAACAGCCCGAGGAUGUUUCUUGGCCUACCGGCAAGAGACGUCCUAAAGAAGAACAACCAGCGGAAGAGGUCGUCCUAAAGCCAGUGCCUAAACAGAAGCCUGUAGAAGAAGAGAAACCGGAAGAAGUGCAACUCAAGCCAAUUAAAAAACAAAAGCCCCAGUAUGUUGAAGAAGAACAGCCUGAGGAUCUAAAACCUGUUAUGAGGGAGAAAUCACCCGACGAAACUAAAGCAGAAGAAGUCCAACAUACAACCACAAAGAAAGAGAAAAAGAUCAAAAAACAACACAUAGUUCAAAAAGUCAAAGAAGAAACUGUAGAAAAAGAAGAUCUUCAACCAGAGCUUGUCGAGAAGACAGAAGAAGAAGAGAAAACAGAGGAAAUACAGCACAAAGUUAUCAAAAAGGAGAAAAAGAUCGCCAAGAAAGACGUUACAAAGGAAAUAAUCGUACUAGAAACACAGGAAGAUUUACAGCCUCAGGUCGAAGAAGAAAAAUCUACGACAAUCCUAACAACUCAAGAAGAAGUAGACCAAAUUCAGCCAGAAGAAAAACCUGUAGAGACAGUACAAAAGCGUGUCAAAAAGGAGAAAAAGGUUGCUAAGGAAGAUAUCAAAGUAGACGAAAUCGUCGCUGAGGAACGAACACAACCAGAGACUGAGGAAGAAAAAGAAGUUACUGCACCAGUGAAACCAGUUGAGAUGCCAGCGGAGAAACUUGAGGAAGUAAAAACUAGAAAAAAAGUUCAUAAAAAAGAAAAGGUUGAAGAGAAAGUCGAAGUCGAAACAGUUGUGCUAGAAAAACAAGAACAACCUGUAUCCGAAGCUCAAGAAGAAGAGAUUACAACAGUCGUAACAACAGAAAGGAAAAGAACGAAGAUUAAGACUAAGAAGCCGGACAAAAAGAAAGUUGGACCGAUAAUUAUAGAACCCAUUAAAGCAAUGAAUAUUCCAGAAAAUAGUAAUGUUGAACUGUAUGUAUCUUAUGAAGCAGAUGAAGAUAAAAAAGUGUUAUGGUAUUGCAACAACAAACUCCUUGAACCAAGUGACGAUUGCAUUAUUCACACUGAAGCUGAUCAUUCGACGAUAGAGAUAAAAUCAGCAGAUAAAAAGAAAGUAGGAAAAUUUGAAGUAGUUGUUGAGUCCAAUAAUAUGAUCACAAAAUCGGCAAGUACUGUUAAAAUCGUAAAGCCGUCUGACGAAGCACUCAUAAAACCACCAGUAUUUAUUCGACCCGUAAGUUCCAAACAAGUCACAUUCGGUGCUAUUGAACUAUUUGAAGCAGAAGUGAAAUCUAAUCCUAGUGCGUCGUUCCAGUGGUUUAUUGGUACCAAGGAGGUAACUUCUUACGCAAAAGAAAAUAAAUUACAUAAUAUUUAUAUAACUACUAAAGAUAAUGUAUCAUGUCUUUGUAUUGAAAAUAUGACUCCAGAUUUAGUAAACGUUAUCACCUGUCGAGCAGAAAAUUUUGCUGGUUCCGUAUCUUGUUCUGCUUCACUAGUGGCAAAAGAUAACGAAACAGAAAUGUACGGUGAGAACCCAGAAUUCAUAGAACCAUUGAAAUCAGCUUCCAUAAUGGAUGGAGAACCUAUAGUAUUAUCAUGCGAAGUAAAGGGAAUUCCUUGGCCUAAAAUAGAAUGGUACCACGAUAAAAGAAUUAUAGAAAAAGCAAGAGACGUAGCAGUGGCAAGACAGGAAUCCGGUUUAUGCGAACUUCACAUUAAAGAAGCAUUCCCAGAAAUGUCGGGCACAUAUACGUGUAUAGCAACUAAUCCCUUCGGGAGUUGCUCCAGCGAAUGUAUUUUAACCGUAGAAGCAUAUGAAUAUGCAUCUGAGGAGGAUAUAUUGAGUGACGAGAAAACAAGUGACAUUGAAGAAUUUGCACCAAGGAUUGUUAAAGCCUUGCCUACGGUUGUAUCUACGACAGAGGGCACACUUACGAGGUUAGAGGCAAAAGCUAUAGGUAUGCCGAAGCCGCAGACAAGAUGGUUGAAACACGGGAUGGAAAUCGUUCAUUCCCAAGAAUACCAAAUUGAAGAAAUGGAAGAUGGCACGUCAAUUUUAAUUAUUCCCGAGGUUUACCAAGAUGAUACGGGUGAAAUUAAAUUUGAAGCCUACAACCCUCUUGGAGUGACGUCUACCAUUGCCGCAUUAUCAGUCGAGAGUAUCAUUGGAACAAAAGAGUAUCGCAAACCGGAAUGGGUGACACAUAUGGAAGAAUUGCAAGCUGCACUGAAAGCUACUCAAUCUGUUCCGACUUUUGUAAAAGAAAUAUUAGGGGAACGUGUUCACGAAGAAGAUACUGUAAAGUUUGAGGCAGUUUAUAGUGGAAACCCAACCCCAGAAAUUCUAUGGUACAAGGACGAUAAAGUUAUAAGAACUGAUGAGCAAUAUACUGUAGAUAAUGUGGAUAAUCAUACAUGGUGUAUAAUUAAAAAAGCUAACAAAACAAAUGAGGGAACCUAUAUGUGCAAAGCUGUCAGUGACAUUGGAAUGGCAAUAACUAAAGCCAAAUUGCAAGUAUUCAAAGCAGGAGAAACCAUUAAAAAGGCUAAAACUGUACGAGAAAAAACCAAACUUGAAAAAACGGUUAAGCGAGAAAAAGAUGUGGUAGAAAAAGAACAAGCGAAAACAGUUUUAGAUGAAGCAACUCCUACCGUCACAGAGGAAGUACAAGAAAUUGAAGAGCCAAAACCAAUUAAAAAAGUUGUAAAAGAAAAGGUAACAGUUAAAUUAAGCUCAGCCGAACCCGUUGAAACUGUCGAUAUGGCUUCCUUUAAAAAGGUUGACAAAAAAGAAAAGCCUGCACCCAAAUUAGAAACUCUAAAGCCAGGUAUAACACCACAUGAGCACCUCAUAUCGUCGCAACAGCAGAAAGAGGAAACGGUCGAAUCCUUUGAGAAAUCUCCCAUCGAGAAACAAAAAGGAAUUAUAAAAACUGUUGAAUCAGACUCCAAAAUGGUAGCGGAGAUUAAUGAGUUACUUGAAGUUAUCAAUGCCAGGGAGUUUGGACCUGGCGAGUCACCAUUGAGAGAACUCGCAAAAAUAGGUUACAUGCUAAGAACUGGUGUCACGACUGAAGAGAUAGAGAGUCUGUAUGAUUCCCAAUAUUUCCCAGCCCUGCGAGUGCCGCAAUCCCAAUCAGCCUUAGUGCAGUUGGUUGAGCGCCAAGGCCAUGGCGCACUCAUUACAGAAGUUCUUACAGAAGAAACGACACAAGACGAAGACGUAAUUGCCGCAAAGGUGGGCUUCCGCGCUUUUCUGAAGAUGGUGGAAAUGAAGGCCAGUUCUGUCGAAGAGGUCAUUGCUCACUUUUACCCUGAAGACUUCAAACCGCGGUCUUGGGAACAAAGAGAAGCACAUGAGGUCAUCGUGGAGUCUUCAGCUGAACACGUCGCGGAAAGUCGUACAACGAAAGUUAUUAAAGAUACAUCGGAGGUUCUCGAAGAAGAAGAUGUCAAAGAAAAAGAACAAGUCAGACGCAAAAAGCAUACUAAACAGAAAAACAUCUCCGAGUUACGCAUUGAAGAAGAAAUUGUUGGAGAAAGAAAAGCAGUCAAAACAGUCCAUCCUAGAGAAAAUGUUGAAGUUUAUGAAGACGACGAAGCAGGGUUACUUGAAACUGCAGAGAUGAUCUACAAAACUGCGACGGCUACAGCUAUUCAUGAAAAUAAAAUAGAAGUAGUCCCUGCUAGUGAGGUAUCUCAUAUAACACCAGACAAAAAAACCGAUAAAAUUAAGGCUAACCUUAAAAUUGACACUAACUACCCAAUAGUUAACGCAUCUCAACAAGCUGAAGAAAGAGAAGAAUCAUUGCAUGUUAAAGAACAAGUCAAACUUCAUGUCAAACCAUCUAUACCUGAAAAUGAGUCACUAGAAGUAACUGAAAUAGAAAUCAGCAAUUCUUUGGAUGAAUACUCAGCAGAUCGUAUUAAAGCCGACGUUAAAGCAGUGAAGAACAUUGUCCCAAUAGAAAGUUUAGUAACAACAGAAGUGCAAGCAGAUUUGGACUUGACCGAUCUGCAAAAAACUGAAACGUGCUUUAGUAGUGCUAAACCAUCUGUUACAUUAAAAGAUGCUGUAAACGUAUCAGAACAAAUAACGAGCAUAAAGGAAGAGUUAUUCGACAAAGAAGAGAUUAAGAAGUCAAAUGCAGCAGUGUCAGUUUCUCCCUUAUUAGGAUUAAGCGUUACAGAAAUUACGGACGAACUAAAAGAAUAUGACAUUGAAAGCAAGACAACAGAAAAAGCCGCUACGUCUCGGCUAAAUUUCAAUUUGCAUGAAUCACUUCAAGUUGGAGAAGUUUUCGUUGAAGAUAAGUCUGGAAGAUAUUAUCCAGAACUGAUAGUACCUACAGAAACAGCUCGAAAAGAUGUUUUAACAUCUAACCAAAUUUUAACGGAAGUACAUGAUGUUCAAGAAAAGGAAGGGUUAUUACAAGCUCUGAAACUGCCGCCAGCACAGGAAGCCAAUGUUGACGUAACAAUUAAAGAUAGCUUCCAAGUAACUAUUGAUGAGACACACGAAAAGGAAGGUGAAUUCAUUAAAAAAGAAUUACCUGCAACAGUUAAAGUAGAUAAAGACUUAUCCUUGCACACAAGUUUAAAUACAUCUAUAGUAAGUUCACACAUUAAAGAGACAGAUUUUGUGCCCGAGCCCUUGCCAAGUAAAAAAGCUAAUAUAGGUGUGAGCGAACAUCAACAUAAGUUUAAUUUGGAAACAAACAUUCAUGAAUCAGAACUUAACUUAGAGGAACCUAAAGCUGUGCUGGGUACACAUGCUGACAUUUCAAUUUCAUUACUAGAUAAAAACUUUGUUGAAGAAGUUCAAAUCAAUGAAAGCGAAAAAGAUCUUUUUAUCAAAGAUGAUAAGUAUACUGCUACAGCAGAAAUGGAUGUUCGUGCUGUCGAACCAAUUAUAACAUCUGAAACUCUGCAGAUGACUUCUAUCGGCGAACUUAAAUUGCAGGAUAAGGUCCAAGAUGAAUUAGCCACGGAGACAGUUAUUACUUCAAAUGCCAAAAUUAUAACAGCCCCCCUAAUACACGAACAAGAAACAUCAGAAGAGUACUUAACAAAAAAAUCAGAAACAAUUACGCUAUCAGUGGUUCCCAAUAUUCCCCUAACUAUAUAUGAAAAUGAGUCAUCUGAAUCUGAGAAUAAACUUACUUUGAAUAAAAUUCCAGAGGUUAGUUCUACGAAACCUUCGCCUACUCAUCAUCUAAAAACACCUAUAUCUGAAGAGGUAAAUACGGCUGAUCAAAUUAAUUUCAUUCCAUUGACUUCUAACGUUACCGAAAAUGCAUCAGAAGUUUAUAGAGAUUUACAUAAAGAAAUCACUAUUUUACAGACAACAGUCCAAGAACAACUAGACAAGUUAGAUGAAAACCAAAUCAACCAUAGCAAAGCUGUACCUGCGUUUGUCGAAAAUGAAAGUAUAAAUGUUACAGAAAUAGUUUCGACUGUUACCGAAAAUCAACUAUCCUCUGAAAGGGAAAAACUUGAUGCAUACGCUAAACCCGAUAUAGAGACGAAUCAUAAAAUUGCUGUUACAUCUGAACCUAUUCUAAGAGAAGCUGUUGAUAACAUGAAAUCAUUAACACCUAAACUUGAAGCAGCUAGCCUUACAUCCAAUAUGCUAACUUCAUUGCAGAUUUCUGAAAAUAAGGUGUUAGAUUCGCAGGCAAAUCUGCAAGAUAGUGUGAAACCCAAUCUUCAAUCUAUACUUCCCGAAAUAAUACCAUCCCAGGAAUUAAAUAUCACGGAAGUAUACCAAAAUGAGAAAGAGACUGAAUAUGCAUCGAAAGACUUACCAGAAGUAUUUACCGCCCCGUCGCAAGUUAUAUCGUUACGAGCAGUAGCUGUUAGCUCUGAGUUAAUACCUGACUCUAGCGUUGGUUACACAGAAAGUGAAAAUAUAGACAUAAAAUCUAAACAAGCGACCAUUGAAAACGUAACCCAUAAUGAACUUCAGAUAUCUUCAACGGAUUACAAUGAAAAAGAAAGUUCUUUUGAGCGAGCUCCUGUGCUAAAUACUGUAUCUGCUAAAAUAAGUAUAGACUCUACUCAGGCCAUUUUGGUGGAAGAAAACAAACCUGAACUCUCUGCAAGAAACUUUGAAACAACUAGUGAUUUGGCUUGGGCAAAAGCAAAACAAGGCGCCAUACCACAAGAAGCAAUUACUCAAGAAGAAACAAUUGUACAUUUGUCAGAAGGCAUAAUAGUAUCUGAAGAAAAAGGAAAUACGGCAAAGUCUGCAGUCUCAUUGACAACUCUCCAAGCACCACAAUACGAUGAGAAAGUUACUGCCGAAAGUGAAAAUCUGUUGACAUUAAACUUAACACCAGAUCAGCAAAGCGCCAAUGUUUCUUUUACAUCUCGUCACAGCAUACAGAUAUCGGAAACUUUGUCACAAUCUGAAAAUUUGCAAAGUACUGAUACCCUCGAUAUGGGAUAUAAAACUGCUUUGCCUAAAAUGGAUGAAAUAUAUGGUAAAGCAGCACAUACCGAGGAAGUUAUAUUGAACCAACAGACAGAAGAUUUUCAAAAUGAAAAAAUGGCUGCCAAGCAAACAGAUGUUACAACUGUUCCAUCUUAUACAUUAGAACAAACAGAAAUAAUUGCAGCCGAAACGGAGAUUGAAUUGCCUAAACAAACUACAAUUACAUCAAAUAUUGAACCAAAUAUUACUGAAACCCAAGCACUUAUAAUGAGUUGUACUGAAACGAUAGAUAAGGAAAAGGAAUUUUUCGGAAAGUUUUCAGUCCCAACUCAAGAUGCUACUAUUGGUUUUAUGCCUCUAAUUAGCACUGUAAACACUGAAGUGCUAUCAACAAAUGCCGCCGAAAAUCUACUGGAAAAAGCACCAGAAACCUCUCAAGCAACAAUUACAAGUGAUGACUUACGUAGACAUUUACAGGGACUAGAAAUAUUACAUGCAGAGAAAGAGACCGAGUUAGCACCCAGUCAGAAAGAACAUAAACAAGCAGCAACGGAAAAAAUUAUCGAAAUAUCUGCAAAAGAAAUAUCAGAAGUCAAUGUCAACGAAAAAGAGAAGGAGUUGUCAAAAAUGUUGGAUAUGUUUACGACUACUGCUAAACCAGCGUUUGAUGAACAGCAAUCACUAUUUAGUUCAGAAGUUAUUGUAAACCAGGAAAUAGAAGAACUUCACGUUUCCGGGACUACGAUGUUAAAUGCACUUACUACUCAUGGAAUGAAAGAAGCCAUUCAAAAUUUAGAGCCAUUUAUAGGAGAAAGCGAAGACACAUUUGCCGAAACAACACCUGCAAAAACUGAAUUAGUAAAACCUGUAGUUGAAGGGAAACAAUGUGCAGGCGUGUCAGAAGUGAUGCCAACAGAAAAAGAAGAUAUUUUGCUUGUUAAUGAGAUAACGCCACAUAAAAAGCAGUUAGAACCAACCGACAGUGUAAAAUUACAUUCUAGUGUAGGUAUAGACGAAACCGUACCAAUUGAAUCUGAAGCCGAAUUACCACUUUGUUCAGAUUUGAAACAUAAAGCGGGAAUGACUGUGCUUUCUGAAGAUUACAUAAAUAUCUCUGAGACCACUGUAAUAGAAAACGAAAACAUUUUACAGGCUGACCAAACUCCUAAAAGUGCUACGUAUAAUGUGAAUUUGGACGCACAUCGUCAUUUAAAUAUAGAAAUAUGUCAGUAUACAGAAACAGAAGAAGCAAUGAAGAAUGACGAGCCAAUGACAACAAAAGAAAUUCUUGAUUUUUCUUUAGAACCUGUGAGACCCCUUUAUAUCACAGAAACGAAAUCUGAAGAAAGACAUGAAGAGUUAAUACCGGAUAAAAAAGCAGUUGAACAAAGUCCAAAUAUUAAUCUAGAAGUAGGUGACCACAUAAACAUUACAGAAACAGUCGUUUUAGAAAAGGAUGACGACUUGAAACUAGGAAUGUUAAAUAAAAUGGAACAUGGUAAAUCUAAUUUCGAAACAUCAAAACAUAUAACCAUAACCGAAACAGAUAUUAGAGAGCAUGAUUAUCCUUUAGAAAAUAUAUUGCAAACUGUACCUAAGCAAUCAGACAUAUCCUUUGAAGCUAAAAUACCAAUCCAAGUGCAAGAAGUUCUGUAUAAAGAAAGUGGCUCUGAACUAGCGGAGUAUGAUAAACCACGUGAAGAAGUACUUAAUAUGUCUAUAGAAUCUCAACAACAUCUCACUGUAACUGACGCAUUAGUAGGAGAAAACGAAAUUGCGAUACAAGUUGAUCAAAUUCCACAAAGCGCAGAAAAUCAGGUUAAAGUAGAAGCAAUGCAGCAUGUCAUGACAAACGAGAUAACAGCAAUUGAAGAGGGUACAGAAUUUUCAGGUAGUAAGGCUUACAAAGAUGAAAAGGCAUCUGAGUCUCAAUCAGUUACAGAAGCUCUUUACAGUGAACAGACACAAGUCAUUGAAAGCGUAAGCACAAUAAAAACAACUUUCACGCCUGAAUUAUCUACUGCUGACCAAGAAAUAGUAGGAUUAAAACCACUUGAACAGACAGAAGUAGUAGUAGAAGAAAAUCCUGACGCUUUCGAUAAAUAUCAUCCUAAGGGAGAAACAGCCCAAACAGUGCAAACCACGAAAAAGGAAAUAGUGUUUAGCCAACCAGAAAUUCUAGAAAGUACUACAAACCUGUCCGAAAACUUCGAAUCUGAACCUUCCCAAGUUCAACUUGGGCUCGAACUUCAUAAAAGCUACAUAACAUCUGAGAACACAGCUGAGGAACAGCCAGAAAUCAUCAAAACUUCGGAAGAAUAUGGUAAGUACGCUGAAAAACACAUAAUAGAAAUGAAAUCACUGCAACAGACGGAAAUAAUAGCGAAUGAAAAAUCCGAACCCCUUGCAAAAUUCCAUCAAGACAAAAAUGAAAAUGCAAUAGCGAGUCAAAACACUUUACAAGAGUUAACCAGUGCAGAACCAGCCAUAUUCGAAAAUGUAACUAAUUUACCUUCAUCAGUUACAUUCGAGAGAGGUAAGGCUUCAGCAGAUUUAGAAACACACAAAAGUUACAUUGUUAGCGAUAAUAUUACACACGAAGAAUCUGAAGAUAUCACCAUAGAAGGUAAGAAAAUAAGUUCGAUUGUGGGGCAGGUCUUAGAGUUUAAACCUUUACUACAAACAGAAGUUUUUGUCGGAGAAAAUACUUCAACAAUGUAUACAGAUAAACAAGAAGGAAAAACUAUAACUGUAACACCAAUCGAAAAUGAAUCUGUAAGUCAGACUGAUGUUAUUGUACAUGAAACUGGAACUGAGACAUCGUUUGAAAAGCCAAUACAAAUGGAGACUGCUUCAUUAUCGUUAAAUACAACACAAGGUGUUACGAUAUGUGAAGUAACCCAUGAAAGCGUUCCAGAAGACUUCGUUCCUCAUGAAGGUAAACAAGUGAAAGCAGAUAAAACUGUGGCUCCAUUAUCACACUUACAAUGCACGGAAAAUAUAUCAGAAAUACACGCAGACGAAUUAACACUACAAUCUACACAGAGUAAAAUUCCUACAGUUGUAACUAGCGAAAUAGCACCACUCAUAAUCACAGACAAUACUUGUCUUCUUCAAGAGGAAAAUCUUCAAAUAACACAACCUAAGACUCAAAACGUUCGCGAAAGCCUUACUAUAGCGAGUGAACUAGAAGUUACAGAUGAAUUUGUCAAUGAACACGUUUUGCCCUACAAUGACGAUAUAUUGGAAUUAAAGAAAACGGGCAAACUCACACAAAUGAGCGACACUGAGCAUCAACUCACUAUAUCAGAGCAGGAGACGCGUUUUCUAGAAAAAACUGACGAUAGAUAUUCUUCGCCUAAAAUAUCAGACACUGAAGAAACUGAGGAAAUAGUAACCAAAUUUUCUCAAGCAUCAACCGGGGAACCAAUUCAAAUAAAAACUAAACGAACAAUUUUAAGAAAGAAGAAAAAAACUCACCAAGGAGAUGCCGUAGAAAAUGACGUUGUAAUAGAAGAGAAAUUAGACGAGGAUGAUAUAAUUAAACCUAUUACGCAGCAUACUGUCGAUAUAGAGGAAUUUGAAGAAACUGACUUAACACCUAUUAAGGAGAUAACAAAAGGAACCGUAGAAAUGCCCGAUGAUUAUUUGCAUGUACCACAAUUAGAAUCACAAGUGCAAAUAGAAGAAAUCGUUGAAGAUUAUUCCAAAAAACCCGAAAGUCCAAAUCAGGUGGAUACGGUAAUUACAGACGACAAAACGAAGACAGAGAAAAAAAUUAAAACCACAAAACGAGUCAUCAAGAAAAAGCAAGAAACAGGGGAAAAAAUUAUUGAAUCAGUUGUUAUUCAAGACGACAAAGCUCCGGAACUACCAGAGGAGACAACCAUAGAAGACAUAACUUUCGAUGAAAACACAGUCAUCAGACAAGACUCGCCUAAAAUAUCUGACACAGAGGAAACCGAAGAAAUUGUAACUAAGUUUACACAAGCUCCAAAUGGAGAAACGAUACAGACCAAAACCAAACGAACUAUAAUAAGAAAAAAGAAAAAUGUUUUACACAAAGAUUCAAUUGACAAUGACGUAGUAAUUGAAGAAAAAUUAGACGAUGACGAAACAGAUAAACAUCCAAGGGUUCAACAUCAUCAAGUCGACAUAGAAGAAUUUGAAGAUACUGAUUACAUACCCAUUACGGAUACCGCAAAAGGAAAGGUUGAUUUACCUGAAGAUUAUCUGCAUGUACCUAAAAUAGAAUCACAAUUUAAAAUAGAGGAGGUACCGGAAGAAACAACAACACCAAUCCAAAAACAAGUCGCCACAGAAGACACAGAGAAACGUACGGCCUUAGAAUCACCAGAAAAAAUAAUAAUAGAAGAGUAUACUACUCCAGAAGGCAAAACAGUAAAAAAGAAAACAGUAAAGAAAAUAACUAAACGUACAAAAGGUGACGAAAUCGAAACUACUCAAAGAACAACAGGAAAGAUAGGCGACACAACACCAACACCGAUAGAGAGCGUGGAACUGCCAGAAGAAGUAGCAGAAGUGAGCGAAACUACCCCCGAAGGUAAGACAAUAAAGAAGAAAACUAUAAAGAGGGUCAUUAAGCGUAAGAAGGGACCAAUUACAGAAACCACACAAAUAACCACUGAACAGGAAGAUGACCAAACACCAAUCAUAUCAGUACACACUAGCGAAGAAUUCACAGAUGACACAGUCGCUCUAAUGGAGGAUACACAACUCUAUGACAAGGCUAAGAUCGUUGAGGAAGAACCCGAAAAAGUUGAAAUUUCUCAAAUACGCACAGAAACUGGUGAAGUUAAAAAGGUUAAAACUACUAAGCGCGUCAUCAAAAAGGGCCCGAAGAGAGAAGUUACUGAAAUAACGACCAUCGAAAAAGAAGGGGAAGAGCCCAUCACGACAGUUACUGUUGCUCAAGCACCAGAAGAGGAGCAACCAACACCGAUUGAAACCAUGGAACUGCCAGAAGAAGUAGCAGAAGUGAGCGAAGAAGAACCAGAAAAGAUUGAAAUAUCUCAGGUUCGCACAGAAACUGGCGAAGUUAAAAAGGUCAAAACUACUAAGCGAGUCAUCAAAAAGGGUCCUAAGAAAGAAGUCACUGAAAUAACCACCAUCGAAAAAGAAGGUGAAGAGCCCAUCACGACAGUCACUGUUGCUCAAGCACCAGAAGAGGAGCAACCAACACCGAUUGAAACCGUGGAACUGCCAGAAGAAGUAGCAGAAGUGAGCGAAACUACUCCCGAAGGUAAGACUAUUAAGAAGAAAACUAUAAAGAGGGUCAUUAAGCGCAAGAAGGGACCAAUUACAGAAACCACACAAAUAACCACAGAACAAGUAGGAGACGAAAAGCCAAUCAUAUCAGUACACACAAGUGAAGAAAUAACAGAUGACACAGUCACACCACUCGAGACCACACAACUGUAUGACAAGGCUAAAAUCAUCGAAGAAGAACCCGAAAAAGUUGAAAUCUCCCAGAUUCGCACAGAAACUGGUGAAGUUAAAAAGGUUAAAACUACUAAGCGCGUCAUCAAAAAGGGCCCUAAGAAAGAAGUCACUGAAAUAACGACCAUCGAAAAAGAAGGUGAAGAGCCCAUCACGACAGUCACUGUUGCUCAAGCACCAGAAGAGGAGCAACCAACACCGAUUGAAACCGUGGAACUGCCAGAAGAAGUAGCAGAAGUGAGCGAAACUACUCCCGAAGGUAAGACAAUCAAGAAGAAAACUAUAAAGAGAGUCAUUAAGCAAACCACACAAAUAACCACAGAACAAGUAGGAGACGAAAAGCCAAUCAUAUCAGUACACACAAGUGAAGAAAUAACAGAUGACACAGUCACACCACUCGAGACCACACAACUGUAUGACAAGGCUAAAAUCAUCGAAGAAGAACCCGAAAAAGUUGAAAUCUCCCAGAUUCGCACAGAAACUGGUGAAGUUAAAAAGGUUAAAACUACUAAGCGCGUCAUCAAAAAGGGCCCUAAGAAAGAAGUCACUGAAAUAACGACCAUCGAAAAAGAAGGUGAAGAGCCCAUCACGACAGUCACUGUUGCUCAAGCACCAGAAGAGGAGCAACCAACACCGAUUGAAACCGUGGAACUGCCAGAAGAAGUAGCAGAAGUGAGCGAAACUACUCCCGAAGGUAAGACUAUUAAGAAGAAAACUAUAAAGAGGGUAAUUAAGCGCAAGAAGGGACCAAUUACAGAAACCACACAAAUAACCACAGAACAAGUAGGAGACGAAAAGCCAAUCAUAUCAGUACACACAAGUGAAGAAAUAACAGAUGACACAGUCACACCACUCGAGACCACACAACUGUAUGACAAGGCUAAGAUCGUUGAGGAAGAACCAGAAAAGGUUGAAAUAUCUCAGGUUCGCACGGAAACUGGUGAAGUUAAAAAAGUCAAAACUACUAAGCGCGUCAUCAAAAAGGGCCCUAAAAAAGAAGUCACUGAAAUAACGACCAUCGAAAAAGAAGGAGAAGAGCCCAUCACGACAGUCACUGUUGCUCAAUCACCAGAAGAAGAGCAACCAACACCGAUUGAAACCGUGGAACUGCCAGAAGAAGUAGCAGAAAUCGUUGAGGAAGAACCAGAAAAGGUUGAAAUAUCUCAGGUUCGCACGGAAACUGGCGAAGUUAAAAAAGUCAAAACUACAAAGCGCGUUAUCAAAAAGGGCCCUAAGAAAGAAGUAACUGAAAUAACGACCAUCGAAAAAGAAGGAGAAGAGCCCAUCACGACAGUCACUGUUGCUCAAUCACCAGAAGAAGAGCAACCAACACCGAUUGAAACCGUGGAACUGCCAGAAGAAGUAGCAGAAAUCGUUGAGGAAGAACCAGAAAAGGUUGAAAUAUCUCAGGUUCGCACGGAAACUGGCGAAGUUAAAAAAGUCAAAACUACAAAGCGCGUUAUCAAAAAGGGCCCUAAGAAAGAAGUAACUGAAAUAACGACCAUCGAAAAAGAAGGAGAAGAGCCCAUCACGACAGUCACUGUUGCUGAAGCACCAGAAGAGGAGCAACCAACACCGAUUGAAACCGUGGAACUGCCAGAAGAAGUAGCAGAAGUGAGCGAAACUACUCCCGAAGGUAAGACUAUUAAGAAGAAAACUAUAAAGAGGAUAAUUAAGCGCAAGAAGGGACCAAUUACAGAAACCACACAAAUAACCACAGAACAAGUAGGAGACGAAAAGCCAAUCAUAUCAGUACACACAAGUGAAGAAAUAACAGAUGACACAGUCACACCACUCGAGACCACACAACUGUAUGACAAGGCUAAAAUCAUCGAAGAAGAACCCGAAAAAGUUGAAAUCUCCCAGAUUCGCACAGAAACUGGUGAAGUUAAAAAGGUUAAAACUACUAAGCGCGUCAUCAAAAAGGGCCCUAAGAAAGAAGUCACUGAAAUAACCACCAUCGAAAAAGAAGGUGAAGAGCCCAUCACGACAGUCACUGUUGCUCAAGCACCAGAAGAGGAGCAACAAACACCGAUUGAAACCGUGGAACUGCCAGAAGAAGUAGCAGAAGUUAGCGAAACUACUCCCGAAGGUAAGACUAUUAAGAAGAAAACUAUAAAGAGGGUCAUUAAGCGUAAAAAGGGACCAAUUACAGAAACCACACAAAUUACUACUGAACAAGAAGACGACAAAGCACCAAUCAUAUCAGUACUCACUAGCGAAGAAUUCACAGAUGACACAGUCACACCACUUGAGACCACACAACUGUAUGACAAGGCUAAAAUCAUCGAAGAAGAACCCGAAAAAGUUGAAAUCUCCCAGAUUCGCACAGAAACUGGUGAAGUUAAAAAGGUUAAAACUACUAAGCGCGUCAUCAAAAAGGGUCCUAAGAAAGAAGUCACUGAAAUAACCACCAUCGAAAAAGAAGGUGAAGAGCCCAUCACGACAGUCACUGUUGCUCAAGCACCAGAAGAGGAGCAACCAACACCGAUUGAAACCGUGGAACUGCCAGAAGAAGUAGCAGAAGUGAGCGAAACUACUCCCGAAGGUAAGACAAUAAAGAAGAAAACUAUAAAGAGGGUCAUUAAGCGUAAAAAGGGACCAAUUACAGAAACCACACAAAUUACUACUGAACAAGAAGACGACAAAGCACCAAUCAUAUCAGUACUCACUAGCGAAGAAUUCACAGAUGACACAGUCACACCACUCGAGACCACACAACUGUAUGACAAGGCUAAAAUCAUCGAAGAAGAACCCGAAAAAGUUGAAAUCUCCCAGAUUCGCACAGAAACUGGUGAAGUUAAAAAGGUUAAAACUACUAAGCGCGUCAUCAAAAAGGGUCCUAAGAAAGAAGUCACUGAAAUAACCACCAUCGAAAAAGAAGGUGAAGAGCCCAUCACGACAGUCACUGUUGCUCAAGCACCAGAAGAGGAACAACCAACACCGAUUGAAACCGUGGAACUGCCAGAAGAAGUAGCAGAAGUGAGCGAAACUACUCCCGAAGGUAAGACAAUCAGGAAGAAGACUAUAAAGAGGGUCAUAAAGCGUAAGAAGGGACCAAUUACAGAAACCACACAAAUAACCACAGAACAAGUAGGAGACGAAAAGCCAAUCAUAUCAGUACACACAAGUGAAGAAAUAACAGAUGACACAGUCACACCACUCGAGACCACACAACUGUAUGACAAGGCUAAAAUCAUCGAAGAAGAACCCGAAAAAGUUGAAAUCUCCCAGAUUCGCACAGAAACUGGUGAAGUUAAAAAGGUUAAAACUACUAAGCGCGUCAUCAAAAAGGGCCCUAAGAAAGAAGUCACUGAAAUAACGACCAUCGAAAAAGAAGGAGAAGAGCCCAUCACGACAGUCACUGUUGCUCAAGCACCAGAAGAGGAGCAACCAACACCGAUCGAAACCGUGGAACUGCCAGAAGAAGUAGCAGAAGUGAGCGAAACUACUCCCGAAGGUAAGAUAAUUAAGAAGAAAACUAUAAAGAGGGUCAUUAAGCGUAAGAAAGGACCGAUAACAGAAACCACACAAAUAACCACUGAACAAGAAGACGACCAAACACCAAUCAUAUCCGUACACACUAGCGAAGAAUUCACAGAUGACACAGUCACACCAUUCGAGAACACACAUCUUUAUGACAAAGCUAAAAUCAUCGAGGAAGAACCCGAAAAAGUUGAAAUUUCUCAAGUACGCACAGACACUGGGGCAGUUAAAAAGGUCAAAACUACUAAGCGAGUUAUCAAAAAGGGCCCUAAGAAAGAAGUCACUGAAAUAACGACCAUCGAAAAAGAAGGUGAAGAACCCAUCACAACGGUCAUUGUCAUUCCAGCUCCAGAAGAGGACCAACCAACACCAAUAGAGACAGUGGAGCUGCCAGAAGAAGUAGCAGAAAUCGUUGAGGAGGAACCAGAAAAAGUUGAAAUUUCUCAAGUACGCACAGAAACUGGCGAAGUUAAAAAGGUCAAAACUACUAAGCGUGUAAUCAAAAAGGGACCAAAAGAACCAGUGACUGAAAUUACAACCAUCGAAAAAGAAGGUGAAGAGCCCAUCACAACAGUUACGGUUUCCCCAGCGCCAGAGGAAGAUCAAACUACACUGAUAGAGACCGUUGAGCUGCCAGAAGAGAUAGCAGAAGAAACUGACACUACACCAGAAGGUAAGACAGUUACAAAGAAAACUACAAAGAGAAUCAUUAAGCGUAAAAAGGGACCUCUUACAGAUACCACACAAAUCACCACUGAACAAGUAGACGAUGACACACCCAUCAUAUCAGUACACACUACACAAGAAUACACGGAUGAAAUCACAAAACCACUAUUCGAUACACACAUACUUGAAACUGCUAGGGUCGUAGAGGAAGCUCCAGAAAAGGUCGAGGUCACUCAAGUACGCACAGAUACCGGCGAAAUCAAAAAGGUCAAAACUACUAAGCGUGUAAUCAAAAAGGGACCAAAAGAACCAGUGACUGAAAUUACAACCAUCGAAAAAGAAGGUGAAGAGCCCAUCACAACAGUUACGGUUUCCCCAGCGCCAGAGGAAGAUCAAACUACACUGAUAGAGACCGUUGAGCUGCCAGAAGAGAUAGCAGAAGAAACUGACACUACACCAGAAGGUAAGACAAUUACAAAGAAAACUACAAAGAGAAUCAUUAAGCGUAAAAAGGGACCACUUACAGAAACUACACAAAUCACCACCGAACAAGUAGACGAUGAAAAACCGAUCAUUUCAGUACACACCACACAAGAAUUACAUGAUGACACCACAAAACCUUUAUUGGACACACACACACUUGAAACUGCUAGAGUUGUAGAGGAAACUCCCGAAAAGGUUGAGGUCACUCAAGUACGAACUGAUACCGGCGAAGUCAAAAAGGUCAAAACUACUAAGCGCGUAAUCAAAAAGGGACCAAAAGAACCUGUGACUGAAAUAACAACAAUCGAAAAAGAAGGUGAAGAGCCCAUCACAACAGUUACGGUUUCCCCAGCGCCAGAGGAAGAUCAAACUACACCGAUAGAGACCGUUGAGCUGCCAGAAGAGAUAGCAGAAGAAACUGACACUACACCAGAAGAUCUUGAACCUGUAGGUCCCAGUUCGGUGGAAGAAAAGAAAACUAAGAAGCCAAAGAAGAAAGAUAAGACAGAACCGGUUCCAAGCAAGCCAGUAGAUGAAAUUCCAGUUGAAGAGAAUGAAGUCAUAUCACAAAACGGGGAAGUGAAACAACCCACACCUCUUAAGAAAAAAUUGACGCCGUUAAAAAUUGAAAGGGUAUCUUUGGAUGUUCAUAAAGCUCAGUUUGCUGAACAAGUAGAAGGACCACAAUUCGCAAAAUUGAAGUUGAAAAAACCUGUACAAAAACCUAAGGCUGAACAGUCAACAGUAACGUUACCUAAAUUCCAAUUAAAAAGUCGAAUUAAACACAUAACCGACUGGCCACCUGAAGAAUUGCAACCAAUUAUCAGUUAUUUAAACAGUGUCCGACAAAAUGGAGAAUUAUCUAGAAACAUUAAGGAAGCAGCUAAAAUUAAGAAAAAACCACUGAAACUUAAGAAUAUUGAUGCUGAAAAACCCGAUUUGGAAAAGCCAGACGAAUUUGAAUUCUCUUCAAGCAAAGAUAUUCCCGAUGAAAUGCAGGAAAUACCAAAAGAGGUACCUAAAGAAAAAGAAAUAGAGCCUGUGGAAAUUCCCAAGGAUCAAAAAGAAAAAAUAGUACCAAAACCAGAUAAUGCAGAAAAACCAAAGAAACCUAAGCCAAAACUUAUUCCACAAAAAAUUGAAAGGAAAGUUCUUGAGAUAGAUAAACCACAGCAUGCUGAAAGUGUUGAUGCGCCUCAAUUUAACCAAAUCAAGCUUAAGAAAACUGUCGCGAAACCCAAGCAAGAUAGCGCUAACGUAUCUCUUCCUAAGUUCCAACUAAAGAGUCGUAUAAAAUACGUGACAGAUUGGCCCCCAGAUAUUAUAGAGCCCAUCAUAAGCUUUAUAGGUAGUGUUCGUCAGAAUGGAAUACUAUCGCGAAACGUGCAAGAGGCUGCUAAAAUUAAGAAGAAACCCAUUAAACAACCUAAGUUACCAGAGGCUGUAAAAACUGAACUUGAAAAGCCCAGUUUUGGCCGGGAAGAUAUAGUCCAAGCCGUAAAGCAAACCGUUCAAGAGGAGGAUGAUAUUUCUGUUGAGGAACCAAAAGAUGAGCAUGCUGAAUUCACCAUAAAUAGGCGCCCGAGCGUGAAGAUACACGAAGAAAUUGUCGAUGAAGUUACAAUUAAAAAGAAAUUGAAACCAACAAGGAAGCCUUCCGUGACAUUGCCUGAAGUAACAGAACCAGAAACAGUUACAUUUAGGCCUAAAUCAACUAAAACAACGGAAGACGUUGAACAAGAGUUCAAUAUCCAAUUAGAUUCAUACGCUGAGGAGGAAAUUUCUAUGUCAAGUAAAGUAAAAUUAAAGCCGCAAAGACAGCCAACCUUUAGCGAAGAAGCUGGAGAAGCUUCAAUCAAGUUCUACGAAGAAGAGGAAGGCCCAGAUAUAGUUGAAAUAAUAGAAAGUGACGACGAAAAGGAGGAUGAAACAGCGAACGUAAUGAUGCCAAUGAAAAAGAAGCCAAAGAAGCCUGUAACUGAAACUACAGAAGAUAUCAGUGUAACAAUGACUAAACCAAAGUCCAUUGAUAGAUCAGAAAUUAUAGAAGAUGUUAGCAUAAAACUGGAAAGAAAACCCGAGUAUGUAAUUGAUGACCAGGAAGAAGUUACCUUUGACGUAAAACCGCAUGUAGAACAGUUUUCAACCGAAGAGUUGUCUUUGUCGAGUAAGAUAAAACUAAAACCAAAGAAAAAAGUGGUGGUGUCUGAAGCAGCUGACGAGCAUUCUAUACAGCUAACUCAAGAAAUCGAAGAUGACAGCCAGGCAGAAGAAAUUAUACUAAGCGAUGUAGAAUCUGAAGAAAAUGUACAAAUGUUUAUCAAACGCAAACCUAAGAAACCUACAUAUGAAGUCAGCGAGGUAGAAGAAUUGAGCGUCGAACUUAAGCCAAAAAGAAUGAAUGAAAUUGAAUUUGAGGAAGAACAGUUAACAAUUUUAGCUAAACGAAAGCCUAGGAAACCAUCGCAACUUCAAGAAGCAGAGGCGUCAAUGAAAAUUUCAAGGGAAAUCGAUUUCCCAGACACUCCACUCGAUGUACGAAGUGGCGACACUGUCUUUGCCGUAUACUCGUAUGUAGCAGAAACAGAUGAGGCUAUCAACCUUGUCGAAGGCGAACGUUUAUAUAUACUGGAAACAACGAACCAGGACUGGUGGUUUGUCCGCAAACACCUAACCGAAGAGAAAGGUUUUGUUCCUGCACAGUAUUUAAUGGAUGAAGAAAACUAUACUUUGUACUUGCAAAAGAAAUUAAAUGAGAAGAUUGACAAGCUGCCUGUAUUUGAAAAACCUACACCCGAGGAACAAGCCAUAGCUCCUAUAUUCGUAGAGAAAUUACGUCCAAAACACACUCCAGAUGGUUCAACUGUGCAAUUUGAAUGCCAAGUGGAAGGAUUUCCGAGACCACAGAUUACGUGGUUCAGACAAACGGCCAUAAUUAAGCCAUCUCAAGAUUUCCAAAUGUACUACGACGAUGAUAAUGUCGCCACGCUGGUUAUUAGGGAAGUUUUCCCUGAAGAUGCAGGCACAUUUACCUGUGUGGCUAAAAACGCUGCAGGCUUUGCGUCUAGUACUACUGAACUCAUAGUAGAAGCUCCUCUCUCAGAUCAUGGAUCGGAAAUGACUAUUUUAUCCAGAAAAAGUCUAUCGAGGGAAUCAUCUUUGGCCGAUAUUCUAGAAGGUAUACCACCAACUUUCUCUAAGAAACCAAAGGCUCAAUAUGUCAACGAAGGCUCACAGAUCUUCCUAGAAUGCAGACUGGUUGCUAUUCCAGAACCAGAUAUAGCAUGGUUCUUUAAGGGAGAGGAAAUUGUACCUGAUGAAAACAUUUCUAUAGCUACCGAGUCCGACAUGCACAUGUACUGCAGUGUUCUAAAAAUAUCUAAUGUCAAGAAAUUACAAGAAGGCACUUAUACAGUUUUAGCGGUAAAUAGAGAAGGUGAAGCCAGUCUGCCGAUCGUUCUUAAGAUAAAAACGGGUCAAAAAGAGAAACCGCAGGUUAUAGAACCAUUGAAAAGCUUAACAAUAAGAGAAGGCGAAAGUGUAGUUCUUUCUGCUCAAGUGGUUGGCAACCCUCAACCUACUGUAACGUGGCAUCGAAACAAUAAACCUAUACCGUCUCUGCCUACUAAAUCGGAUGGCGAGACUCACAAUGUAACAAUAAUUAAACCUCGAAAAGGAAAGGAUGACGGCGUGUAUACACUCAAGGCUGUCAAUAGUGAAGGAACCGCUGAAACAAGCGCCGUUAUCACUAUUGAAGAACCAACAGAAGAAAACGCAGAGCCACCAUUAUUCAUUAACCGGUUCCAGGAAAUUACAGUCAAGGAAAAGGGUACUAUUAGACUUCCUGCUAAAGUCACUGGCAAUCCAGUUCCUUCGAUUACAUGGUAUAGAAAUAAUAAAAUCAUCACGCCAUCGGAAACAGUAACUCAAAAAUUCGAUGGUGAGAAUAUUGAAUUAGUGAUUACCAACGUAGAUUCCGAAAUAGACUCCGGCGAUUACAAAUGUGUAGCAUCAAACAGUGCUGGUAAAGCAUCACAUGGAGCACGGGUUACUAUUGAUGUAGAAAAGGUCACGUUUGUGAAGAAGUUAAGAAACACCUAUGAAACUGAAGAAGGAAAGACAAUAAUUUUAGAAUGUCAAACUUCCCAUACAGUGUCUACAAAAUGGUAUCAUAAUGAUAAAGAACUAAGCGGAAUGGAUCAUAGAGAAAUAAUACAAGAGGGCCGUACCCAUAAAUUGCGUAUCAAAAAGACUAAAUUGACAGAUAAAGGUGUUAUCAAAUGCGUAGUAAAAGACCAAGAAACCAGUGCAAAACUUCAAGUACAUGAAACUAUUCCGGAAUUCACACGAAAGCUGCAAGAUUUUGAAGUAAAAGAGAAAGAUGUGGCUAUUUUAGAGGUUGAAAUAAAUUCGGAGACAGCAGAUGUUAUUUGGGAACGAGAUGGUGAAAAAAUUAAGCCGAAGAAGAAUAAAUACGAACUAGAGAAGCGCGGGAAUGUCCGGAAACUCCUUAUACGAAACACUUCAGUUCACGACGAAGGUGAAUAUACUUGCAUUCUUCGUGACGACAUGUGUACUGCGGAAGUAACAGUAGUAGAAUUACCGCCAGAAAUAAUUUCACGACUCCAAGACCAAAAAGUUAACAAAGGAAACAAAGCCACAUUUGAAAUCGAACUUACGAAAGGUGACGCCUUGGUGCAAUGGUUUAAAGACGGAGAAGAGAUCCAGUUCUCUAACCACAUGCAGCUUACAAUUGACGGCAAGAAACAAAAAUUAAAAAUAUACGAUUGUGACGAUGAUGAUGCGGGGGAAUAUUCUUGCGAAGUCGGAAGUGAUAGAUGUUCUGCUAAACUUGUUGUUGAAGAACCUUCGGUAGACUUUACUCUACGUCUUCCGGAAGUGAUCACAGUUCCUGCAAACACUGACGCGUAUUUGACAGUUGAAAUACCGGAUGAAAAUUACGAGGUCACCUGGUAUAAAAAGAAAACCAUCAUAGAAGAUACAGAAAAGUUUACCCUAAUAUCGGAUGUUAAAAAACGUACUCUCGUAAUAAGAAAGUGUACUGAAGAAGAUCAAACCGAAUAUACUGUGUCUCUACUUGACGCAAAAUGUUCCACCAAAUUAAAAGUUGAAGUCAUCGAAUCUCCACCUAAAAUCCUAAACUUCGAGAGUGAAUACAAAAUAAAGAGAGGUGGCGACGUAACUCUUUUAGUUCAGUAUGAAGCGCUGCCACAACCGGUCGAUGAAUGGGUGGUCAAUUCUAAGAUAAUUAAGAAAUCGAAGCAUACAAAACCAUCCAUUGAUUCUGAAAGUGCCAGCCUUACAAUUAAAAAAGUUGAGAAUACUGAUGCUGGAACAUACAAACUACGUCUUGUCAACAACUGCGGUGAAGCCGAAGUCGAAAUAAAUGUAGUUGUAAUGGAUAUUUCAUCGCCGCCAGGAAAACCAACACCAUUAGAAACAGAUGAUACAUCAAUAAACAUCUGUUGGAAUGAGCCAGAAAAUAAUGGCAACUCCGUAAUAAUAUGUUACAUAGUUGAGUUCCAGGAGAUUAAUACCACGGAGUGGACAUCCAUUGAAAAUGUCACAAAAACUCAACAUUCUGUAGAUAACUUAAAGACUAAAUCAUCAUAUAGGUUUAGGAUAUUUGCAGUCAACGAAGUAGGCGUUAGCGAAGCUUCAGAUAUAUCAGAAUAUGUAGUCGUUGAAAAGGUGACCAAGAAACAACCACCUUCUGUCGAGAAACCACUAAAGGAUAUUAUCAUAGGACCUAAUGAAGAUGUAGAAUUAUCGUGUAUUUUCGGUGGCAUUCCACAGCCUAAGGUGGCAUGGUCUAAGAAUGGUAAAAAACUUAAAACUGCUAAAGCUAGUUAUGACAACAGAGUGGCGACUCUUGUUGUCACUUCCACAGCAACUUCAGAAGGGCAGUACAAAUGUACCGCUACUAAUGAACUUGGUGAAGUCGAUACAACGUGUAUGCUGGAAAUCCAACAAAAACCAAUCAUAAUUGUACCCGAAAACGAAAUAAACCAAAGGCAUAAAGUAGAUGAAGAAUGGUCUGUAACUGCUACUUUCGAAGGUAUACCAAAGCCUAACAUAAUAUGGUAUAGAAAUGGAACCAGAAUAGAAAGCAGCAAAGAGUUGGAAAUAAUUACAACAGAGACAACGAGCAUUAUAAGGAUACGUAAAGUGGAUCGAUCACAUUCGAAUAAAUAUACUGUGGCAGCACAAAACAAAGCGGGCAGUAAUUCAGUAGAACUAUCGCUUAAAGUUUACGAUAAACCUAGCAAGCCCGAGGGUCCAGUGAUCAUGCGAGAGAUUAGUCGCGAGUCUGUAACUAUUGAAUGGAAGCCUCCCGUCGAUGACGGUGGUUUAGAACUGACUAAAUACGCCAUUGAAAAACACGAGCCGGACACAAACGAGUGGGUGAAGGUGGCAGACGUUGAUAAGACCGCAGAAACAUACUGCAUACAGCGACUUAACGAGAACUGCGAGUAUAUGUUCCGAGUGAUGGCCCAGAAUCCGAUUGGGUACUCGGAAGCAUUAGAGAGCGAGCCUAUAGUCAUCAAACACGCUUUAGAUGUACCAUCACCACCUUUGGGACCCCUCGGCAUCUACGGCAUCGGCAGUGAUUCUCUGACGAUAACCUGGUACCCGUCUGAGAAGAACGGCGGCUCACCAAUCCUCGACUACAGCGUGGAAAUCAAGCAAGAAGGCAAGAAGUGGAAACACGUCGCUACAGUGACCAAAACGACGGCUAAAAUUGAAAAGUUGGCCGCCAAUGUCACUUAUGAGUUUAGAAUAUGCGCUAGAAACGAGAUUGGUAGCAGCCUACCAUACACAUCAGACGAGAGAGUGAUGAUAGGACAGACGCGUUCCCCGCCGUCCCAGCCGCUCAAGUUCGUGAUCAAGGACGCCACGUCGAGGUCUGUCACUCUACAAUGGGCUGCGCCGGAAAGCGACGGUGGAAGCGCCAUUACCAAUUACAUAAUAGAAUACAAGACUGUGAAAGGUAGCUCAUGGAGCAAGGUUAUAACCGUUGGUGGCUCGGUGUACGAGCAUUGCAUUGAGAACAUCAAGGACAAGGAGAUUGUGUUCAGGAUAUCGGCUGAGAACGCAAUUGGAGUCGGUCCGGCUACUGAGUCACAGACGGUGCACUUGGAGAAGCAUGCAACUGUGCCAUCGCCGCCGACAGCGCCGCUAGAGAUCAGAACUGUCGGCAGCAACAUCGUGAUGACGUCAUGGGGCACGCCCGAAUGGGACGGAGGUGCACCCCUGCAGGGUUACAACAUCGCCAUCCGUGACGUCACCAAGACUAUGUGGAUGGAGGUCGGCAAGGUCGACGCGAAUACGCUUAAGUUCAACAUCAGGGACUUGAGCGAGGACCAUACGUAUAUGAUCAGGAUAUACGCGCGGAACGAGAUAGGAAUCAGCGAGCCACUCGAAUCUGACGAACCAUUCAAGGUCCUACCUGGAGAAGGAGAGUCACACGGAGACGAGGAGCUAGGCGAACACACAGAAGCAACCGAGCCCACGUCAUUCAGCACCCAGACCACGACCUCAUGGAUGCGAGAACACAACAUGGACGCCGACAUCCGCUCCUACGCGCGCGGCUCUCUUCUCCGCCGCGACGAGUACUUCUUCAGAAUAUGGCACUACGCCAAACAGCUCUUCAAGUGACAACAACACGCCACCAAACCAGCACCUGUGAUAUUUAAAACGACAUAGUUCGCGGAUAGUAGAAGCGUCCAUCCUUUUAUAAUUUUAUAACAGUUUUUGUAGCAAUACAUAAUUUAUUUUAGAUAUUUAAGGUUAAAUUAUUUAUUUAUUUUAAUUUAUUGCCUGACACGGUUCGAGUCGCAUCCGAUACCGUUGGGAGACGUGUUAAAUAUAGGUGCAAAAUAUUUAUUCGAUAAAUCGAAUGAGGCUCGAAUUUACGUCAGGUUUUAUUUGAAAUUGAAUAUUAUUUAUUAUAUAAGUGCAAUUAUGAA